AGUGUCCGUGUCUUUUAACACUCAAUACCUGUCCUGAGUUUUCUCUUCCCCCGUUCCGUUCGUGGAGGAAGAAUAGGUCCUGAGCUGACUUCUUCCCUUGAUGCCUCCCAAACACGGUGAUACCUUUUAAACAUUUAGGGUCUUCGUUACGAUUUGGGACGAGCAGAAAUAAAAAUCCUGUGCAGGUAGAAAGUAGUAAAACUCAGGACUCUCAGCUCUGAGUGUAUUGACUGCUGCUCUUCCCUGUUGCAGCAGGAUCAAGGUGAAAAGGAGAACCCCAUGCGGGAACUUCGCAUCCGCAAGCUCUGUCUCAACAUCUGUGUUGGGGAGAGUGGAGACAGACUGACCCGAGCAGCCAAGGUGUUGGAGCAGCUCACAGGGCAGACCCCUGUGUUUUCCAAAGCUAGAUACACUGUCAGAUCCUUUGGCAUCCGGAGAAAUGAAAAGAUUGCUGUCCACUGCACAGUUCGAGGGGCCAAGGCAGAGGAAAUCUUGGAGAAGGGUCUAAAGGUGCGGGAGUAUGAGUUAAGAAAAAACAACUUCUCAGAUACUGGAAACUUUGGUUUUGGGAUCCAGGAACACAUCGACCUGGGUAUCAAAUACGACCCAAGCAUUGGUAUCUACGGCCUGGACUUCUAUGUGGUGCUGGGUAGGCCAGGUUUCAGCAUCGCAGACAAGAAGCGCAGGACAGGCUGCAUUGGGGCCAAACACAGAAUCAGCAAAGAGGAGGCCAUGCGCUGGUUCCAGCAGAAGUAUGAUGGGAUCAUCCUUCCUGGCAAAUAAAUUCCCGUUUCUAUCCAAAAGACCAAUAAAAAGUUUUCAGUGAAAUGUGCA